GCCAUUUCAAGUGCAAUGAGGGGAAAUCGAUAGAGUGAAGCGCUUGUCCUUGACAUACAAACCCAACCUGGCGUACAGUCGUGGAACUAAUGGAGGAGACGAAGGAUGAAAUGGACGAUCCGAACACACCAGACAAUCGAGAACAGUCUCAAAGCCCAGGUGUCAAAGAGUAUUCUUGUGGACGAUGCAGUAAGAGUUUUACAACAAAGAAAUACCUCCGGUCUCACCUGAAGACGAUUCAUGAGAGUCCUCGUCUGUUUAUUUGUCCCCUGUGUGGAAAACAGCUGGCCCGUGAAAAGGGACUGAAUCAGCACGUGCGCACAAUACAUGAAGGCAACUGGUCAGUUUUCUGCUCUUUGUGCGGAAAAGGAUUUAUCAACCGCUGUCGACUGAAGAAGCACUGUAUCAACGUUCACGAACGUUCCAGUCGAUUUCCUUGUCCGAUUUGUGACAAGGGAUUCACAUCGGAUUCUUAUCGAACGCAUCACAUGGAACUUGUUCAUUACGGUCAUGGAAAUGAACGUGAAGCCAAGGCCAAACAUCAGGUUUCUCCAUUCUGUCCAGAAACACCUAUGUCUGACUUUGCAUCAAACAAUCAGAGUCCGAUUGAAACCCAACCGUCCUCCUCAGACGACCAGCCGCUUGAUCUUUCGAUGCACAAAUGUCGCGCAGAAAUGCCAGAUCAUUGCUUGACAGAGGCUACCAACCGGAAUUCCUAUGAGCAACUUCAGCAAUCUUCCUCCGAGGUGUCAUCAACAUCCCGAAGUCCGGUGCCCACAAUGACCGGCCAGAAACCGAGUGCUGAUGAUAACUGCCUCACGAAGGAGGUUAAAGGUGGACGACAUAACUGUACAUAUUGUGAAAAAUCGUUUGCGUCCAAGGAAUAUCUCCGGCUUCACGAAGCCACAGUUCACGAAGGCACAAAAGCUUUCAUCUGCAGUGCUUGUGGGAAGCACUUUUCAGUUCAUCAAGCAUUACGAAAGCACUAUAUCAUUCAGCAUGAAGGUGGGAAACCGUACCGUUGUCGUGACUGUAAAAUGGAAUUUCGAACUCGUGCGACUUUACGGUCACAUCGUUCCAUGACUCACGGUUUUCGCGCGCAGCCUGCCAACGUGAUAUCUACCCUGUUAUUGUUUUUUUCUCCAAGACAUCAGUUUCUUCGCAAAUACAAUUUUAUCCCAGACAAAAACGCCACAGCGAAUUUCCUUCUACAUACCAAACUGCAACAUUUCGCGGCAUAA